UUCAUUCCAUUCCAGUGAUUAAAUUCAUAUACACAGGUUAUCACACAAAUGUAAACAAAACCACGCUUCGAACACCUGUGCUAAGUUCGUGGCGGGAAAAAUAUUUAUUAUGCGCAGUUUGCGGUCAACAUGAUCACGUCGCGGUUAAAAUAAUAAUCUAUCUCAUGAAUUAUAUUUAGUUCGCAUUUCACAACGCUUACUUUACUAUAAUUUUAUUCAUAUUUAACACGUCACAAUAUCUUUAUCGGAACUAAAAAUCCGUGAUAAAGCGAAAAUGUUCCAAGUAUUAUAAAAAUGCACAAUUGUGUGAGAGUCGUGCACUUUGACAUGUGUGCACUUUGAUAUACAUCGCCGUUUAUCGCUUUUUAUACGGUUGCAUAAUAGUGGAUCUCAAUGUUUACUCUGCUGAAGAAAAUGAUGCAGAAUGAAUUGCUGGGCCGUUCUGCUCUCAUUGAUGUAUCCUAUGAGGAAGCGUUGAAAACAUUAACUCUUUCUCUGCAAAGCAAUGCUGCUUACUUGCAGUCUGUUCAGAAUGUGAAUGAUCCUGCGAAGCUGAAGGAAACAGAAAAAUACUUGCUUCGAUCUGGCAUUACUUUGGAGCAGCUGGACAGCUUGUCCGUCAUUCACGUGGCUGGCACGAAGGGCAAGGGUUCGACAUGCGCGUUCACAGAAGCGAUUCUGCGGCAGCACGGCUUCAGCACGGGCUUUUUCAGCUCGCCGCACUUGGUCUCCGUGCGGGAACGCAUCCGGUUGAACGGCGAGCCGAUCAGUCGGUCGCACUUCACCCGCUCCUUCUGGAAUGUCUACCGGAACCUCGAACGGAAGCGGGAAUACGAAUCGGACAUGCCGACGUACUUCAGGUUCUUAACGAUCCUCACGUUCCACGUGUUUCUGGAGGCGAACGUCGACGUGGCAAUCGUCGAGGUCGGAAUCGGCGGUGAACUGGACAGCACCAACGUCCUGCGGAAUCCGGUCUGCGUCGGAGUGACGAGCCUGGCGCUGGAGCACACCGCGCUGCUGGGCAACACUCUGGAGGCGAUCGCUCAUCAGAAGUCCGGGAUCUUCAAACCGCAUGCGAGGGCCUUCACGGUGCCGCAAGCGGAAUCGGCGAUGCGCGUUCUGCGCGCACGAGCCGAGGAAAGACGGUGUCGCGACGAGCUGCGAGUGGUUCAGCCGGACGACAACAGGUGGAACGACGUCCUCACGUCGGCCGGCGUCGACGUCAACGGCAUACAGCGACAAAACGCCCUGCUGUCGAUCGACUUGGCGCACGAAUGGAUGAAGUCGCGGUGCGGCGCGCCGUCGUUAAUCGCGGAGAAUAAAUACAUCAACGGUUUUCACGCCGACAUUAAUAGCAACAAAGAUUCAGCUCAAGUUAUCUCUUCGGACAAGGUUGCGGUGGCGCUGGCGGACUGCAAAUGGCCCGGUCGCACGCAGAUUCUGCGGACCAGCGUGGCGGAUUUCUUCCUAGACGGCGCUCACACCGUGGAGAGCAUCGACAAUUGUGUAUUGUGGUUCAACCGGGCCAGCCGAAAAACCUCCACUAAGUUCCUAAUAUUCAAUACCAGCGGCGACCGGGAUUCUCAGGUAUUACUGAAGCGGCUGAAACCUCUGAACUUCGAUAAGGCUUACUUCACCCCCAAUCAGUCAGGAGUGGCCAGUGUGGAGGACCUGAAUGCCAUGCUUUGUGCGGUGAUUAGCAAGCAAAUGGAGAAGUGUGAGAAACAAUGCGAGUGGUGGGGCGAGGGCUCUGUGUUGAAGAAGAACGUCGCCGAAGUGCUCUGCGAUAUUAAAAGGUGUGCACCUCCACAGAUCGAUAAAGUGGAGAUACUCGUGACGGGAUCUUUGCAUUUGAUUGGCGUAUUAUUAACCAUCCUUGAUCCGGACCUGACAAUGACCAGCGAUUUUUAAUGCAACGUAAAAUGCAGUUGUAAAGUUCAUUUUGCGCUUUCUUAGACUAAAUAUCUCAUUUCAUACUUUUCGAAUUUUCUACAUAUGUUAACAAUAGAUUAUAUAACGAAUUUCAUUCUUCAGCUCUCUUUUAUAAUACAAAUUUUUAAAGAGCUUAUAUUUUUUCUAUAAUUUUCUAUAAAAUGUUAUAGUUGUGUAAAAUUACAAUUUUAUACAAUCUACACGAUUGAGCCUGAAUACAGUUAUUCUAAAAUAAUCUUCUUGCGAGGAAUCUAGAAUCUGAUAAAUGUUAAUACAUGUACAAAAAAUGUAAUAGGAAUUUGUAAAUAAUAAUGGGUCUUUUUACUAAACCGUAAAA